CUGAUCCUAACAUUUGGAUCCCCAAAGCCUACUGCUAGAAACCCUAACUCAGUCAGCCCAAUCAUUGAGUAGUGGCUACCAAUUGCAUCCCCACUCGAAACGCUUGUCGCUGCUACCGAUUGCUAGUAGAUGUGUUGCUCUUGCUCUAGUUACCAGUUGAGUUUAUAGAUCACAUAUCAACUGCGGAGCUGGAUGUCGCUUCUGAUAAUGAGGUGCAGGAUUGCUCCUAGCUCCUUGCUCUUUAUUCUCAAUUUUUAUACAGAGUGGGAGGUUUUUUCUUUAGUAACAUUUUCUAGAUUUUCUUGUUGAUCACUAACUAUCUAUGAUGGAAUUUGGGUUCUUUUACUAUGUCAGUUUGUUUAUUAAAGAUUCUAUAGGGAUUACUUCUAUUCGAGCAGCCUUAGAAGAUUGUAGAAUCAGAUUUUGUAUCAAACUUUCCUGGAUGAUAGUGUUGAAAAUGAAGCAAUUACAUCCAAAGGGGUGAAAGUAGCUCAAGGUCGCUCGCUAAGUGAAGGAUUCUCCCAGCUAGAUGAGAAAGCAAUGGAGACUCGAGGACAUCACCUUAUCCACCAUUAUGUCGACUUGCUGUCAUACUUGAUUAGUUCGUCAAGGGUUGAUGGUGUUGGGCUCUAUGAUGGGAAUGGUCCUGACGCUGAAAACCGAGCAAUAUGGUUGCAGGGUGGAGUUGUUGGGGAACAGAAGGGUAAUUGAUGUACGAGUUUCUUGGGUUGAAGUCUAUUGAAGACUUGUUUGGACAACUCGUGUAGGCGUACAAGGUCGAGGAUGCUAUGAACCUGUUAGAAAGUAGAAACACAUUUAUUGCUUAUUUUUGUCAUUUGAGAUUAUUUAUCGAUUUCAGACGUUUUGCAAUUCUUUGAGGAAUUUCGGGAAUAAUUAGGGAGUAGUUUAUCAAAUCAUAUUAGUGGGGUAUGAAAUAGUUAUUAGUAGGACUAUAUAACCUGUAAUUAGUAAGAUUUACACAUUAAGCAAUUACAGACGAAAUUAUCAAACCCUAAGCUCUUCCUCUCUCUUAUACUCUCUCCUGCGAGAUUCCUCUCUUCUUCCCUAGUUGCUGUCGCAGCUUCCCAUUUUCUUCCCCCUCUUAUUCUUCACUUCAAUCCCAAUCCUAUUCCCCAGCUAGAUCAACGCUUAAUGGAUCAAGUUAAUUCCCCCAAUCCUACACAAAUCCGAGAACUCCUUGAUCUCGGUUUCUAAUAUUUGGUAUCAAAUCCUGGUUGGCGAGAUCAAGUUCGUUAAAACUCUCCACCGGGACCGAUUUGAAGAAAGCUCAAUGAUGCACUAUCGGGUUUUGGAAGAGACACUAGUUGAGCCCAACAGGUGUGGCGUCGUUCAUUGCACUAUCGGGUUUUGGAAGAGACACUAGUUGAGCCCAACAUGUGUGGCGUCGUUCAUGCACUAUCGGGUUUUGGAAGAGACACUAGUUGAGCCUUAGUUGGGUACUCCUACAAGGUGAUGCUAGUUCGUCUCUAGUACAAGUAAAAGUUUCACCCGUAGAACUGAACACCUACUCGAGGAUGUGUUUUUAAGGGCACGGAUAGAGCUUCCAACCCCACUUAAAUUCAUUGACCCUCCACACGAGUUAAGGUAAAGGAGUAAAAAGAAGUACUCUGACAAGUAACAGAGAUACAUUACUCUUGCUCAACCAAUAAGGGUCGACCUUGAAAAAUACAGAUUGGAACCCCGCCGAUGAAAAGGAAUGGAAAAGAAAAGAAAAGAGUAAGGAAAAAGGGGUUCCAACGAAUCUAAUGAAAGGAAAAGAGCACCCGAAAAGAUGAGUUUAUGGUUCUUUGUGUUAGAGAGUCUCUUCAUCCACUAAUCAUUUGUCUUAAGUCUAGUGUUUUGCAUGAUCCCAACUCGGGACUGAAGUUCUCGCCGAGGGAGUUAGGGGAUGUCUUGUGUAUCGGCUGACCUCGUAAAUCACUAUGUGGUCUAGAAAACCCACCACCGACGAUGGUGGUUGAAUGUUGUUGUAGAGGUCUGGUGAGCUGCAUUGGUAUGAGUUAGGUUUGCUUGGGGAUAAGCAAAUAGUUAAGUGUGGGAAAUUUGAUCGCUUCAAUAUUUGCACAUGUUUUUCCCAACAUUCUUAAACUGUCUGAGGUUCGAUUCUCUCAUUUUUAAUCGAUUUCACGCUAGGUUGUGCUUUUACAUCGUAUUUUAAGACCUGGAUCGAAAAUGAAGGUUUGGGGGCAAGUUUUAGGUCAAAAUAGAGAGCGGGUGAGAUAUGGGAGAUGGAGGAUCCGAUUCCCCGGUCAGGCUAUCCAAUCCUUGAUCGGGGAUCAGCAUCAGAGACUGGGGUUGGCAAUCAGGAUACCCUCCGGUCGGAAUGCUUCAUUCCCCCGAUUGGGGAUCAGGAGUAAUGUUCGGGGAAUCUCCCCUUUGCAUAACCAGUGGAAACACGGCGUUUUGAAGAUCCUCAGUCAAGCAUCCAAUUCCCCGGGGGAGUAUGACCGGAAAAGGUCAUAUCGCGUUUACACAAGCUCAACUCGAGAUGUUGGAAAGGAGAUCAAUUUUGGAGAGCUGAAACAGAGUUUUAGGAAGAGAAAGUGACGAAGAGUGAUCCCUAAGAGCCCUAGAUCAAGUCUUCCUACCAUCGGAGUCGAUUCAAGCCUUAAGAAGUGACGAUUAACAACUUGGAGAAGAUUUCUUCCGUCUACACGAUGACUCUACAUCCAACAUUUCUCUUCACUCUCUUUCUAUGGAGUAAUCCUCUCUAUCACUUUGGAAUGUAAGAAUCCUAGAGUUGUAUGUUAGGAAGAGUUGUAUGAACCCUUUGUCUGGAAUGAUUGAUUAUCUUUUAUCCAAUUGAGCCAUUAUGCAGAAUGCAUGAGUCCUUAUCAAAUUUUUGUGAUUCCUACUUUAACCUAGAAUGAUAGUCUCUACAUAGGUUAAAAGAGAAGUGUGAAUUGGAGGUAGUGAAUCGACUACUUUAGUAGAGAAGUCUAUUCACUGCUCUGUAAUGGUGUAAAACCCAGUAGAGGAAUAAGGUUGGUUACCUGAUACCGGUGGAGGUAAGUCGCCCACUGGGCAUUCUAACUAAGAGGGCCUAGAACACUUUAGUCGAGACUCUAGACCGUUUGAGAACUUUCCGCAAUAAAAGAAUCAAUCAAAUUGAGUUGGGAGACUUACAAUUUGUCCUAACAGAUCUAGGGGGACUCAUACCUGAGUGGACCUUCUUAAUAUGAGAACAACUGUUUGCCUUAUUUCUUCUUGUUUUAGUUUAAAAAUCAACUUCACUUGACUUUCACGGCUGGAUAAUAGAAUUGCACGAGUAACUAGUACACCUAGAAUUUUGGUUGACAUAUAGAACCUGAACCACUAUAUUGCAUUCCUAGAUUACGAAUGUACUUCGUCCUACUUUAGUUGUGUUGGUAAAAGCGAGUCAAAGUUCCUUAUUCACAACAGGUACCUUGCAGACGAAUGAUUCAUAGCAUACCCCUCCAUGUGAGGGUGGUCCCCACUGACAAAAGGGAAAAAUACAUCUGCAAUAUUUUUCAGGGAUGUCGGAAUCACGAGAGAUACGUUUAUGGUCUUUUUGUUCAUGGAUCGCUAUGACUCAUAUUCAAUCGAUCAGCAUAGAGACUCUAACCUUCCUGGGUAUAUAUCCCUCACAAUGGGUUACACAUUUAUAUCCCAUGCACUUAAAUUUCCUCAUCUCUCAUCCCUGUAUAGAGUUUCCUUCACUGACUUGAUCGCCGGAGAGCAUACUCGGGGCACUCAGCCUAGGGUUUGUUCUAUCUUAUAGGUCAGCCGACCGAGAGCCGAUUGGAUAAAAUGAAUGCACCAUCCCAAGAGGAUGAUGGCUCCGGAAAAAAAAAAUUAUAAUGAUCUAGUUCUUUUACCGAAGCCAACCCAAAGCACCUCGCCCCGAACAUUACGUCUUGUAACUUUAACCAAGGAUUGUGAAAUUGUACUAGAGUUAUACCGAAAAAGUUCACAGUAGGAUAUUAUGUACUAAAAUCAUGGUUUAACCGUAGUUCAACUAUUUCCUACCACUUAAACCGCCUACCUUUUAAGACGCGAUAUCCAGUACUUCCUAUUUGACCGACAGGUAUGGUAGGUUCCUUAAUCAAUGCUUCAAACUAAAUCAGUUAAGUUUUUCAAGUUACACAUCCAUAUUUUCUAAGAUAAUUUUGGUAUAUAAUAAUGAAUAAAUAAAUGAAUAUCAAAUAUUGACCAAAAGUUUACUCAUUAAAACAUAGUUUACUCAUUAAAACAUUUUCUUACUAAGAGUUUAUGAUUUAGAUAAUUUUGGUUGAUAUAUAUGUUGAGCAAUUUUUAUAAUCUCAAAACAACAUAUGAAAUUUACAAAUUUAUAUAAUCUAAUUAUUAUUAUUUUUCAAUGUUUAAGCUAAAAUUAAUUUUGAGUGUAUGAUCGCAUUUGCUCCCAACCAGUCAAGUGGGGAACGGAUCAGAUCAAUAACAUUAGGGUGAGUAACCAUGAGUAACCCGUCCACAUUAGCAUAUCACCAAAUCUUGGAGGUUCUUGGAUUGUUUACCACUAGGGGUGUUCGUUGAGUGUGGUGAAAGUUCUUGGAUUUUGGGGUGUGGGUUCUCCUGCUCGCCUUCACCAAGAUUUGGUUCCUUGGCUACUUCUACUUCUUCAGCUCGGAGCAAUCUGAUUCUCAUCCCUGACCACCGCCAUGUAAUCCCACAUCCGAGAUUCAAUGUGUUGAGCGUCUUCGAGCGACUCCCAGGAGGCGGCUUAUAACAUUGCUGUGUUCAAUAGCCAUGGUUUCGGUCGGUUCGGACGAGCUGAAAGUGCUUGGUGCUACUUUAUUUGGUUUGGUUGCAAGAGAGAUUUUUGUGUUUACUGGUUGUGGAUCUAAGUGUUUCAGAUCCAAUGUAGAGGUUGGUUCAUUUGGUGUUCUGUGCUUCCCCUUUUCUAUCUCUGAAAUCCCGUUUGUUGCAACUUUUGCUUGGAUUUCUUUUGUAAUCGAUCUUACAAAGAACAAUGCAAGUAAUCCCAUUGUAAAAAAAAAAAAAAAUAGUCAAGUGGUACUAUGUGGUAGCAGCUAGCAGGGAGCCAAAAUGUCACAAUUUUGCCACCUUUGGAGUGGGAGUGGGCGGGACCCACAAACAGCUGGCGAACUUUUAGGUGGGAGGAUUUAUCGACGUGUACGGAUAUUGCCCACUCGAACCUAAGACAUCCGUAAGUGCAUGCUUUCCAUACUACAUCAUUCGUCCAUUCUUCUUCCUUUUUUUAAAUAAAAUUGAAAUCCCGAU